CAAAUCUGACUACGAAAUGCAGACACAAGUUCGAAUUUACAUGAAUAGUCAUGUUCUUUUAAUUGCGUGACAUGCAAACACAAUCUUCUCCUGUGGUCUUAAGGAGGAGCUUUAAACAGCACACAUAUAAACGCACCUUUUCCACGGGAUUCACAGUCAAAGGUUGAUACAGAAGCUUACUAUGGAUCCACUAGUGCUCGGGAUUUUACUCUCCAUCACCUUCAGCGCUUUUCAAGGUGUCACACCCCAAUGUUGUAUUGAGACUGUCAGAAGGUUUCCCCUUAAACUGCUUGCAAAGGUGGACAAGUAUCAUGUUCAGACCAGCCGGGGAGCCUGUGACAUCAAUGCUCUUGUGUUGCAUGUUGGACACAAGAAAUAUUGCGCUGAUCCAAAGCAGAAGAAAAUACUGAGAAGAUUACGAAAUAAAAACAGACGCAAAAACACACCUGUUGUUUGAAGACGAUGAGAUUUAUUGUUGAAAACGUUUUUACAGUUUAAGAACGUCUCAUAAUCAUUUUGUUGUCAGUUUUGUGCUUUAAAUGUGUUCUUACAAACAAUAAAAAAAAUUAUAAUGGA